UUUUCAAUUUGAUUGCAAGCGAGGUAAGUGCUUCAUGUCAUUACCCCAUUCCCGCUAUCAUGUCAUGGGGCUCUCCAAUCCAACAGAUCCAUGUGCUGACUUUGUCCUCGCCUUCCAGAACUCCUGUACUCUAGGUUCUGGUCUGAUACGGCAUCAUGAAGCAGCUCUCGUCAGCUCUCGGACUGUUCAUCCUUCUCAUUUCUGCUUCUUCGAUCCUCGCCAAUCCUCUCUCUGUCCAAUUUUCCUCCUGCCUCGACGAAUUCCCUUCUGAUCUAUCUCAAGAUGCCUUGAUGAACAUUACGAAUGUGUAUGCCAACCUUGUCCCGAAGGAUGUGGCCAAGUUCCUAGGCCUUAUCGGUGGUGGACAGCAAGAAGUGUUACGGAUAGAUAUGAUUGGAUCUACGGGGACAGUGAUCGAAGGAUAUAAUAACGAAACUGGAAAGUUGGCGACGCUAUUUCACGAUACUGAGGCAGCUCAUCUUUCCGUUUGGCGAUCCGCUUCUUGGCUGUGCGAGUCCCUACUUCCUCCAGAUCUCACGAGGCCCUACGGCGAAGCCAACGAGACAUAUUGUCCUCUUCCAGCCGGCGACUUUGCGCUCAAUAUUUCUGUCCCUCUCUUUCAUAAUUAUGCCUUGACAACGCUUCGCACGAGGGUCCGAAUAGUCGAUACGAAUACAGAGGCCAAUACCCUCGCGUGCUACGAUUUGGAAGUGACACCGUGGACCCAAGGCUCAUGGUACUACAGCCUCAUCCGAUGGUUCCCAAUCUGUAUCGCGAUAGGUAUAUGGAUAGUGACUUGGUUGGCGAGGUUCGCAGCGGGCUGGGUGGUAGGAAGCGGCGUGACGGAGUACGAAGUCAAGGAAGGAGGCCACGGGGCCGCUGCGGCGGCUAAGCGAGAUGCUCGUAUGAGAAAAUGGGGAACCAUGGUCGUCAGUGGACUGAGCGGAGAGAGAUUUAGCGUCAGUGGAGGACUUUUGCGAUUCGCUACCCCGGGACUCCGGGACGUUGUUCAGUACAUUCAAUUCAUGACCGUCCUGGGGAUGAUCGCGGUGGCCUGGCCGGCAUAUGCGUAUCCCAUCUUGGCGCAAGGUGCAUGGGUAGAUCUGAUCGGAAAUGUCACGGUCAUUUCCGGUCUCAGCGACAAGCAUGUCUCUGGCUACGCUACUACCUACACUCCGCCAUCGGAAUUCGCGAGAAUGAUCUCAAAUGUCACUCUCCCCAUCUACCUUGACCCUCUGGCUUUCAACCCUCUCCUGGAUCUACACGAUUCUGCUGCUGGACUCGCUUCUUUCGCAACAACUAUAGGUUUGAGAGACACGGAUCUCUUUCCUACCUGUAUGAUCAUCUUUCUCAUCAUCACUGCUGCGAUCGUCCUCAUCUCCAUGGCGCUCUGGUCACUCCAUGCGAUGCUGGAAUUCAUGUCUCCCAGCAGACCUCCGUCGUCCAGACCAGGGUACGGCAAGAGGUUGUCCAGUCUCGGCAGCAGCCCCCGAGCAAGUUUAGGGGGCAAGGAAGCCUUUGAGCCCCGAACAAUUGCAGGAUUGGACAUUGAUGGCAUGCCAAUCAAUGUAUCCAGAACGCAACUGGUCGGACCCUCUCGGACCCGCAAAGUCUGGCUGAGAUUCCGACCCAAAGGGGAAGCCGGUGCCUUCCACGCGGCUGCAAUGUACGGCAAUCUGUUGCGCCUGAUCAUGAUGUUCCAUCUGCCCAUCACCGCGUUCUCCAUCUAUCAGCUUUCGUCUUCCCAAGCCUCCAUCGUCUCCCGUGUCUUGGCAGCAUUGACGUUCGUCUUUAUCUCGAUCUUGAUCCCGACUUUCAUCAUGUGGAAGAUCUUCAGGACAGCCAGCGGGAAACUUUACGACGCGACGAGGACUUUACUUUCUCUAGGCACGAUGUACAACGUGUUCAUCGAAGGCAAGCAAAUGUUUCGAGUCUACCCGUUGCUGGUGAGCCUCAUCGAGGGCAUCGCCAUCGGUGCAGGACAGAAGUCUGGCUUGGCUCAGGCUGUCAUAUUCAUCGUCGCCGAGCUGGUCUUGCUCAUUCUCGCCUCAUUCUUUUAUCCUUGGGGUGAAGGGGCGAGCAUGGGAGCCCCCAAUGCCUUUAUGGGGAUCAUCCGGGUCAUUUCCGUCCUCUUGACCAUGCUCAUCAGUCCGAGCUUUGGCAUGCCUACUGCCGUUACGGACUGGUUGACCUAUGUCAUCCUCUUGCUUCAAGCCAUUGUCAUGGCGUAUUUCUUCUUCAUGCUCAUCACCAAGAUCGUUGAGGGUCUCAUCCGGCUGUUCGGUGGGGUGCACUUUGACGAGUCGACUAGCCCACUUGAUGGAGGUCUCUUCGCCGCCAUCAUGGAUCUGGAUUGCUUCAAUGGCGGACGAGGUGGCAAGGCCGCAGCCCGGAGACGGCGCAAGAAGGGAUCAGAGCAGCUGCAGAAGAAUGUCACUGCAGCUGGUUCCCUGACGACACAGAGAAUGCUCGAUCGCAAUUCUCAGGGAAUUCCCAGACAGGAUUCGGAGGGAGCACUGUCAUACCUCACCUCGAACCCUUCUUUUGGUGACCCAUCCCAGGCUACGCAAGGUUAUUUCCCUGUCCAUCAGCCUCCCCUUGGACCUCCGCCUCGACCUGACUAUGAAAGGCACUAUGAGGAUGACACUCCCAAUGAGCCGAUCAUGAAUGCUUGGAGGCCGCCGAUAGUCUCCCCACCCACCUCACCCCCCACAAAUUCCCCAUCUGGUCCAUCAUUCUCAGUCGUCCGGGGAGGUCGAGCAGACUUCGCUAAUCCUUACUCUGUCAUCGACACAGGGCGAGGUCCUCAGGCUGGACCAUCCUCUCGACCCGCUUCAGCAAUCCCGACGCCUUCGCAGUCCCCUAUGCCGCUCUUGCCCCCUAAUCAGGGCCGGGGACUGAGACCCAACAAUCAAGGUCUCAUGCCGCCGCGGCUCGACACGAUACCCAAGCGACGAUCACUCAACGACUUGAAAGAAGAUUCCUCACCUUCGAGCGAAUAUCCCGAUUCUCAAAAGAAGCAAACAAUGGCCAAGCGUCUAUCGUCUGGUCCUAAAGCAUGGUUCGGAAAACAGCCUGAACCCGAGUCUCCAUCAGAAUCUGAGGAUGAAGGCGUCGGACCACAAGGGCGUCUGCCCAGACCCUUCGAAGCUGUACCCAGUCCACUUGGUCAGAAACGCGGUUGGCGAGCUGCGCUUGGCCUGACACGACGAACAGAUGAUACGUCUGAACGGGCUAGAGAUGAGAAUCGGGUCCGGAAAGAUGCUCUCGCCGCUCAGAGUGGAAGUCUAUUCGCGGGUGUGGAAGCUCCAAAGACGUCUUUCGCAGUCAAGCGAAAAGAUAACGCACCAAAAGUUGCCAGGUACUCGAGCUGGCGAGAAUCGCCUCAAAGGUUCAGUUUGGCCACAACAGGAGAAAAGUCGAGUUCUGGAUCUAUCCCGAAAGUCUCUAUCGAUGUACCGAGCAGUGAUCUGCGAGGCGCAUCGACGUCAACGACGACGACGACGACGACGACGAACGAGCGUUCAUUCAGGGUGAAAAGAAUGGGACAGAGUAGACCGGAAGCAAUGGAAUCGUAUACUGCGUUGCCAGUUUUGGAGGCCGCCGGAUCGCGUAGGAAUUCAACGAUCGACCCGACCUCUGAGCCCACCCUUGCUAGAGGCGCUGCACCUGAUACUGCUCCGCCCCGUAGGACGAGUCAAGGAGCUGCAGGUUUAUGGGGAGAUUUGGAAGAAUUUGGGGGCAGCCGAGUGGAUCCGAAUCAGGCUGCAAAGCCUCAGCGGGCUUCCGCAAGCACUUCUCUCCCGGUGACUAGGAGCAGACCGGUGGUCGCUUCUACAGAGCGUGAAAAGACGUUCAAAGUCCGCCGAUCACAACAGUACACACCACCCGCUAUUCCGCCUCCAGAGUCUACCCAGCCCACUUCGUCUUUUGUCGUCAAGAGAUCGACGUACGAGCCUAGAAGGAGCGGAGAGAAUCUAGGGUCAUUUGAUUUCGAGCGGGGUGAACCGAGCGGAUCGAGCCUCGACCUCUUGGGCCAAGGACAGGGCUCGAGUCGGACAAGUCUGGGUGGCGAUGGGAUUCAGAGGCCCAUGUGAAGACAUGCGCGGGGGGCAAGGGGGGUCUGCCGGGGCGUUGACCAGGGCAGUCUAUUCUGAAAUAGCAGAAAGGUUUGAGCUGGGUGCCGUAGAUAGUGCUGGGGGAUCGUCACGCUCUUUUUCACGGACAAUCACGCGAAUGCAUAUGAUCUCAGA